AUGGCGGAAUCAAUUCCAUCAUCGUCGUCUCUGCCACCGAAAUCACUACAAUCUCCUAAUCCUAUGGAACCUUCUCCUGCAUCAUCCUCUGCACCACCUCUUCCACCUACAUCAUCAUCGCAACAGCAACAACAACACAUAACAGCUCCUCCUCCUCCUGCGAUUUCCAAUUCUGUUAAUUCGGCUGCGUCUCCGGCGAUGACUGUUACUACGACCGACGGUGUUGUCAUCCAAAACAAUUCGCAACCCAACAACAACAACAACAUCUCCUCUCCCAACCCUACUUCGAACCCACCACCCGUUGUUGGAGCUCAGAUCCCGUCUCCUUCUCCUCUCUCUCAUCCUCCUCCUUCUUCAUCUUUAGAUCAGCAAACUCAGCAACUCAAUCAAACUCCACAGCUUCACCAACACCAAAAUCAGCAAUUACCUCAACAACAACAACAACAACAGAUGAUGCAGCAGCAAAUCUCUUCAUCUCCGAUUCCACAAUUAUCACAACAACAGCAGCAGAUUCUUCAGCAACAACAACAUAUGAGUCCACAGCAAAUCCCAAUGUCGAAUUACCAAAUUGCUCAAUCUCUUCAGCGAUCCCCUUCUCUUUCUCGCAUGAGCCAAAUUCAGCAACAACAACAGCAGCAGCAAGGUCAAUACGGCAACGUUUUGAGGCAGCAAGCUGGGUUGUACGGUACCAUGAACUUUGGUGGCUCAGGUUCAGUUCAACAGAGCCAGCAGCAGAAUCAGCAGCAGAUGGGUGGUGGUAACCCUAAUUUGUCCAGAGCUUCUUUGGUUGGCCAAAGCGGUCACUUGCCUAUGCUUAACGGUGCAUCUGGAGCUGCUCAGUUGAACAUUCAACCUCAGUUAUUGGCUGCUGCUUCGCCGAGGCAGAAAUCUGGCCUGGUUCAAGGUUCGCAGUUUCAUCCAGGGAGUUCUGGACAACAGUUGCAAGGGAUGCAAGCUAUGGGAAUGAUGGGAUCACUUAAUUUGAGCUCGCAAAUGAGAGGUAACCCUGCUCUCUAUGCUCAGCAACGAAUCAACCCGGGGCAGAUGAGACAGCAAUUGUCACAGCAAAACGCUCUUACUUCACCUCAGGUCCAGAACCUCCAAAGAUCAUCUUCUCUCGCAUUCAUGAAUCCUCAGUUAACGGGUCUGGCCCAGAAUGGACAAGCUGGUAUGAUGCAAAACUCCUUGACGCAGCAGCAAUGGCUGAAGCAAAUGUCUGGAAUAACUAGCUCCAAUUCAUUCCGACUCCAACCGAAUCAAAGGCAGGCUCUACUCUUACAGCAGCAGCAGCAACAAUUACCCUCUUCUCAGUUACACCAAUCUGGUAUGUCCUUGAAUCAGCAGCAGUUAUCGCAGAUCAUACAACAGCAGCAACAACAAUCACAAAUAGGCCAGCCGCAGAUGAGCCAAUCCCAGCAACAGCAACAACUACAACAGAUGCAGCAACAACUACAGCAGCAACCACAACAGCAGAUGCAGCAACAACAACAGCAAAUGCAGAUUAAUCAACAACAGCCAUCUCCAAGGAUGUCAAAUCAUGCAGGACAAAAAUCUGUCAGUUUAACGGGUUCACAACCGGAUGCCACACAAUCGGGUACAACAACACCAGGUGGUAGCUCAAGCCAGGGAACAGAAGCAACAAAUCAACUCCUUGGUAAAAGAAAGAUACAGGAUUUGGUUUCGCAGGUAGAUGUUCAUGCCAAGUUGGAUCCUGAUGUUGAAGACCUCCUUUUGGAGGUAGCAGAUGACUUCAUUGAUUCGGUGACGUCUUUUGCAUGUAGCUUGGCUAAGCAUCGUAAAUCAUCCGUAUUGGAGCCCAAGGAUAUAUUACUCCACCUAGAGAAAAACUUGCACUUGACAAUUCCUGGAUUCUCGAGUGAGGAUAAACACCAAACAAAAACCGUACCAACUGAUCUCCACAAGAAGCGACUUGCAAUGGUGCGUGCUUUACUAGAAUCCUCAAAACCAGAGACGAAUGCAAGCAACUCCAAGGAAACUAUGAGACAAGUGAUGGUGAACCCAAAUGGUGGAAAUCAUCUCUUAAGACCAUCACCAAGUUCAGAGCAAUUGGUUUCGCAAACGUCCGGUCCUCACAUGUUACAACAUAUGACACGUUACUAAAGUACUUGAAUAUAGAAGUCUGAGCCAGCUCUCACUGCUAUGUUCAUCUUCUUGGUUUCAGGAGUUUACACAUCUAUGGAGAGAGUGAAGGCACAAGGAGUCAAACUGUAUGUAUUAUAUAUAUUAAAUUCAUGAGUCUUAUAGGCGAUCAAAUAAUACAGGUGAGUUUUUUUUUUUAAUAGUUGUGACUUCCUAACUAUUUCUUCUUAUUUUUCAGUGGGUUUCUUUUUUCUUUUCUUUUUUCUGUGUAUUUUUUUAGUUGUCCACUUCAUUUUAAGCUUGAAAGUUUUUAGUCUUUUUGCUGAAUCAGCAAGUCAGCAGCGAGUUCCAUGUUUUUUAUGGCUUUGCUGCAUUUGAUGUGUGAAAUAAUGUCUACUAUAUAUAGUAUUUACUCAAAUCAAAUGCAUAUAGAUA